UCAUCAGGGCACUGAUGAUCAGUGUGCCCUGAUGAUCAAUGUAGCCCAGCAGUGCCACCUGCUAGUGCCCAUCAGUGCCUCAUCAAUGCCACAUAUCAAUGCCUACCAGUGCACAUCAAUGCCACAUAUCAGUGCCCAUCUGUGCUGCCUUUCAGUGUCACCUAUCAGUGCCAGUCAGUGCCACCUAUCAGUGCCAGUCAGUGCCGCCUAUCAGUGCCAUGCCCAUCAGUGAUGCUUGUCAAUGCCCAUCAGUGCAGCCUAUCAGUGCUCAUCACUGCAGUCUCAUUAGUGCACAUCAGUGAAGGAGAAAAAUCACUUAUUUACAACAUUUUAUAA